UCUGUGCUUUUUUUUUUUUUUUUUGCUUUUUCAAAGGAAGCGACAGUGGGGAUUUCCUCUCUCUCUCCAUCGUUUCUAUGCCAGAGGUAUUGUUGCAUAUCGCCUCUCCGGAGCUAAACGGGACAGUGCUAUGAGGACUCUCCCCAAAAGCAAAACUUGCGAAGUGUACUACGUCUCUGGGCAUGGACACUCAGGCUGCUCUGCUGCACAGGGAGCGGGGCCGUUGAAGGAGCCCACCCAGCCACUGAGCCCCCCCACGAAGCCUGAGGACCAAGCAGAGCAGAGGGCGGAGGGGGGGCGAGCUCCAGCCUGUGGCUCCUGGAGGAGGAGGAUGUUGCGUCUGCUGCCUUUCUUUCCCUUCACUGCAGCCAUUGCACUGACCCUGCACUACUUAACAUCUCCACCGUCCUCAGUGUUCUUCCUCGGCGGCAGCGUGGAGUUCCCAAACCUGAGCUUCUCCUCAGAACUGACUGACUCCACCUCCCCGCAGUUCGGCCUGCAGGCUCAGGCUUUGAACCAUUAUCUCUCAGACCUCUACGAGUCAUCUCCGUGGAGCUCUUACUACCUGCGCUCAGGAAUUACUGCCUUCAGUGAAGGAGUAGAAGGGCUCAAUGUCUUCUACUGGAGUAAAUUCUCCGCCCCGGACAAUGUUGCCAUGGCGAUCCAGAGGUCCUGCCCAGAGAGGCUGCAGCGCAGGCUCCCCGGCAACAACAAGGUGCAGCGGGAAAGCUUCAAUGAGCAGCGCUACUACAUGGAGAGAGACGACGACAUGCUCCACCUACUGGGUUUGGACCCUGACGACUUUGAAGCAGAAGAAAAAUCAUCAGGCAAGAUUAAGAAUCCAAAUAGCAUCCAGAGUGGGAAGUGGCAGCUAGGCUUCCAAGCAAUGUCCUUUGACCUUUAUGCCAAAUAUGGUUACAACCGCACCCUGAGCCUCGUGAGUCCCAAGAAGCCGUACUACCAGUGGCGCCUGCGCGUGCCCUCGGGUCACGUAGUUCGACUCGUCGUCCUCACCUUGCAUGGCGCCACGCCAGGAAGCUGCACUGCCCACAAGCUCUCGGCCUACGACUUCCUGCUUCCUUUACAGAACAAGAUCAUUGCCAGGUGGUGUGGGCUGCCUGUCUCAGGUUCGUCUCCGGUCAUGAAGCUGACAUCAUCUGGGAAUGUCAUGUUGGUUACUUUCUCCUUCAGCCGACAGAGAGAUGGAGCGAUCUUCAAAGCGUACUUCCAGGCCAUCCCAAAAGCAGGUUGUGGAGGAUCACUUUCCUCUUGGAACGGCUCCAUUUCAUCACCCUACUACCCGUCCUAUUACCCUCCUAAUAUAGACUGCACUUGGACACUACGGGCGCCGUUGCCAGGAUACCUGAUCUCAAUGACGAUCGUGACGAUGGACAUUCAGGAUUCCCCAUCAUCAGACGGCUGUGAGAAAGACUGGCUGGACAUCGGAGGGGUCAAACUGUGCCGACCGGUGUCAGACAGCAGCAAAAAGCGAGUCUACUCGUCUCCUCUCUCCCUCCACUUCCACUCCGAUGAAUCGCUCACUCACAAGGGCUUCUACUUGCUCUACCGGGCCUUCUCCCCAGAGAGCACUUGUCCUCGACAGUUUCGCUGUGGAAAUGGCCGCUGUAUCCCUCUGAGGAAGGUGUGUGAUGGAGUGAAAGACUGCUCCGAUGGACGAGACGAGGCUAAAUGCUCAUCCUGCAGGCCAGGGGACGUGAUGUGUGGCAACGGCCAGUGUAAGCCACAAAGCAGCCAGUGUGUCAGUCAGAGCACCUGUCCCGACAGCAGUGAGGAGCGGGACUGUGGCAGUAAAUGUUAUCACGUGUGUCCCAACAAGGUGUGUCUGCCAAAGUCUUCAGUUUGCGAUGGUGUCACCGACUGCAAAGACCGCAGUGAUGAACUCAAUUGUACCAGAGCAUAUUUUAAGGGCUGCUCCUCGUCCUCUUACAAAUGUGCCAACGGAAAGUGUGUUGGUAAGAUCAACCCCGAGUGUGACGGGGUAAAAGACUGUUUUGACGGCUCUGAUGAACUGCGCUGUGGUUGUGGCACCAGGCCCAGGAAGCGUGCCAAGAUUGUGGGAGGCUCUGAUGCCGGAGCGGGCUCCUGGCCAUGGCAGGUCAGCCUCCAGAUGGACCGCUACGGCCACGUCUGUGGAGCCACGCUUGUCUCCAGCCGCUGGCUCAUUUCCGCAGCUCACUGCUUCCAGGACUCAGAUGCCAUUAAAUACUCAGACGCCCGUGCGUGGCGGGCCCAGAUGGGAAUGCGCGUGAUGACCAUGGGGAUCAACGGAGCAGCCACGAGAACGAUCAGGCGAAUCCUCCUGCACCCACAGUACGACCAGUUCACCUCCGACUACGACAUCGCCCUUCUGGAGCUCAGCGCUCCGGUCUUCUUCAAUGACCUGGUGCAGCCUGUGUGCGUACCCGCCUCCUCUCACUCCUUCACCACGAGGACCAGCUGCUAUGUCACAGGCUGGGGGGUCCUCAGGGAGGACGGUGAGCUGGCCUCUCGCCUGCAAGAGGCCUCCGUGAAGGUCAUCAACAGGAACACCUGUAACAAGCUGUAUGACGACGCCGUAACUCCCAGGAUGCUGUGCGCUGGGAACUUGCAAGGAGGGGUGGAUGCCUGCCAGGGCGACUCGGGAGGCCCGCUCGUGUGUCUGGAGCGCGGCAGGCGGUGGUUCCUGGCGGGGAUCGUGAGCUGGGGCGAAGGCUGCGCGAGGCAGAACCGCCCCGGCGUCUAUACACAGGUGGUGAAGUUCACGGACUGGAUCCAUCAGCAGACUAGAGGGCAGGUGUGACUGAACGCCAGACUGACACGGGGCAAAACAACAGUCUCAACGCACGGGACGGAGGACUCGGACGCGGAGCCUAUCUUCAGACUGUUGUCACAAUUAGUCAACGACACGUUGUGACAGUUUUUUGGGAUCAUGUUCACCGUGGCAAUGGGCCUGUUGGGGCAACACACCAGCCCUCCACACCAACCCGAUUCUGUAAUAUCUCUGCUAUUUCAGACCUGGUGUCAAAACAUCCACAGUAACCAUGAUUAUUACUAACUGAACAUGGUCCUGGGUCGUUGCACGUAAUAAUUAGAAUUUGGUUUGAAUUUGGAGUGCCUCACUUAGAAUACAAACUUUAUGAUGCAAAGAUUACACACUAUACUGUUUUUGCUGUCUGCUCAUGUAAGUGAAGGGUCAGUAAUUGUUGGUAUCAGCAAAAAUAUUGGUAAUGGCUCCCUUAUAUUAGGAUCCAAAAUGUCUUAUUUUGUAUUAUAUGCAACGUACCUGACACUGAUUAUUUUAAGAGAAAAAUUUAAUUCAUUAAAAAAUGAGUAACAGGAAAAUUAUGGUAAAAAUCAGGUCAUUCCAGACACCACACCCUAAUGCCUUAUGCUUAAUCAACAACUUUUUCCAAUUGUCUCUCUUCUCCUCACUCUCACCUCUGUUAAAACGGUGUCUCCUUGCAACUAAAAGCACAACUUCUUCUAGGAGCAAGAGCACGAAUCCAGAUGGGAAUCGGGUUUAACUGUUCUGCUUUCAGAAAAAAAAAGAAAAAUACUAUUAAACUAUAAAACCGCUGUUGUCAUCCACAAUUUUGAAAGAGUAAUAGUAUCUACAAGUCUCAUCAAUCUGCACCAAAGACCAGCCUGUUGCUGUUCGAUGGGACACUACCUACUGUGAGUGUCUAGCCAGGUUCUCCUGGGUGUGUUUCUCUAGCCAAUGAACUACAGGUUUCCAGACGUCGCGCUGUACCCUUCCUCGUUUUCCUGUCCCAGCUACAUUGUUGGUGACCAUGUUGGGUGUUGCCAACAGAAAUCCGAUGAGUGCUUUUAAGUGAAUGUGGAACAAGUUCUCUCCUCACAAGUAUGUAACUGUGUAUUUUGCCCUCAUCUCCAUUCGUAUGUACUGUACAUGUGCGUUCACGACUCUGUAUGUGUUGUUUUUGUACUGUGUGAGUGUGCAUGUGCAUUUGUAUAUCAUGCGUUUAUCUGAGUCGUAGCCUUAUGUCAAAUAUAUAUAUAUAUACAUAUACUGUAGUGCAGUGGAUAAUCCCACAAUAGGAGGUGGUGAUAUAUUUUGCAUUUAACAUUUACUGUGAUGUUUUAAUUUAUCCUGACGGUGCCUCCUUCUCUCAGUUCUUCAUGUUCCAUGGAGAGCUCUAUCACAGCCCUGCCUAAAACCACAACGCAGCUGACGCUGGUGUGUAAGGAAUAAAUACGAUUAUCAGGUGAAAACCCUCUCAAACAUUUUUAAGCAGACACACUUACAUUUUCCUGGAUCUGCUGCUCUCAUCCUGCUCACACCACCACCACCACCCGCUGGCCAAUCUGUACUAUUGGCUCUUCACUGUAUCUCCUGAUGGAGGGAUGCACUUCACCCCAAAAGGGUUCCUGAAUGAUAUAAGACUACAUGACUUUACAUUAAAGACAUCAUUUUCCAA